AUGGAUAAAUUACGCAAAGAAGCCCGUGAGGCUCUUAUCCAAACCCCCGGAAAGGUGCCCACUGGUUUUCUCCCCGGUGCUAUGGCCGCCUCCAAGUGUGAUUUGGGUCAAUUAUGGGAGGAUAUCUCAUCUCAUGAUCAUUCCACUCAUUUGAAUAUUUGUGAAAGCCUCAUGACAGUGAUAGGCUACAUCGAAUUCUGGGACCCUUUACUGCCUAACGACGCAGGUCCUCGAACAUUGAAUGAUGUCGAAACCAAGGCCGUGAACAACUUGUUUGAGUGGGCCAGUGCUGUUGCUUUGCCUGGCUCAGAAUUUGCUAGUAAUUUCGACGAAACAGCAGACUUUUCAGACGACGUCUUUCAAGCCCAAACAGAGAGUCGGUUUAGAUCAGAAAUGGCUAUGGAGCUUCUCUUAGUCUUGAACAAAACUUUGCCCAGUCUGCCCAAGCGCAUGCCAGAUAAUGUGGCAGAUGUGCUCAUGGCAGGAGCAUGUUUUGACAACAAGGCCAAUCCAUGGGUCACAUCGGAGAGCAAUGAUGCGGCUUCAAUGUUGAUGACCGUUUGGAUUCAAGACACUCAGGACACUAAAUUGUUUUGGCCCGCCAUCGAUUUCAUCCUCAAGGAGAGAAUUAGACCUCUUUUCGCGAACACAAAGAACCCCGCUAUCACCAAUGCUGGCCGCAAGAACUUCCAUCCUCAGACUCUACCUCGCUUUGGUGGAAAUGGUCUGGACGGACCAGUCAAGCGUUGGAAGACUACGGAUAUUUACGUUGCAUCCGUGCUGUCGUGGAUCAUUUCACAAUACAGUCCACAGAACAAGGUACAAUUCGAGGAACACUUCCCUCUUUUCGUGCCGACAAUACUAGCAAUGAUUGAUGACAACAACCUGCCCUUUAAGACGGAAGGUUGUGUGCUGCUAACUCAGCUGCUCCAACCCAUCCAAGAAAGCGACUCGGACAUCCUUCGACGAACGAAUCUCACAUCUGUUUUCGAAGAAGCCGUUACGCCAUGCCUUCUUUCUCUGCCAACUAUCACACCCGAAGAUCGGUCUCUUAAGCUGUUAGGAGCAGCAUACCCAGCGCUCCUCAGCACGCUCAAGACAGCCUACAAAGGCAAAUCACAAUCUGAAGAAGAUAAAGACGCCUACACAGCCGGCCUCGCCAAAAUCCUUCGGUCAAACCUCAUUUCCUCUUUCCAUCAUAUAAGCUCCAGCACUCCAACUUCCGGCGAAACAACUGCAUCAUUCCCUUACCCCCGCCUCUCAACUUUCCUACUAGAAAAGAUCACCAUCUUCACCAACGAGCUAGGAAUACACACGACAAAGUACCUCCAAGAUCUGAUCCCUAUUCUGUUCACUACACUCUCAAACGUGUUUGGAACCGCACACCCUCCACUGCUCCGUGCGGCAACGGCAGCGACACAGGCGGUCAUUAAGAACGCACACCCACGCAUCUGGCGCUGGCGUGGGGAAAUCUUGAGUGGAGUGUGCUCUUGUUGGCUGCACAUUGCUGCCAAUGACAACGAAGAAUCCGUAUCGCAGCUGGGUAAGCUGAAGGGCGAAUUGCAGCAGACGACGAAGCUACUCAAGUAUGUCUUGCAAAAUCCUAUUCCUAUUGCAGUUGAUUCUCCGGAGCCUGAGGCGUUGCGAGUAAAGGACAAUGUCCAGAAUGAGUUGCAAGACCUUGUUGAUGCAGAUUCAGAGCUCAAGGGCCUUUUCAAUUGA